GAUCUAACAUAACCUCUAUUGCAUUUCCAGUGUAAUUUAUUUAGAUUAAUUAUAAUAAAAACCACUAGUUUUUAGACUUUGCCCCGAACAGUUAAAAAAUGUUUAAUUUUUCUAUUAUAAGACAAUUCUCAAGAUUGUCGAUAUGCCCUGCGGCUAAGGUACAACUAACUAGAAAUAUUUCCACGACAACAGCCAUUCAAUUCAAAGUAACUGAUUAUUUAUGUGCGGAACCAAUGAAGAAAAAGAAAAAAAUCGAUCCAGCCAUAGUGAAGGCGCGUGAAGAACGUCGCCGAAAAAAAAUUGAAAAGCAGAUCCGGAGGCUUGAGAAGAAUGCAAGACAGCUUAAGCCAAUAGACGAGUUGGAAGUGCCAUUACAUCUCAUGGAUCAGAUACAAAAGAGAAAGCGCCCAGAGCCAAAGCUAUCAGCAGAAGAAAUAGAAGCUCGAGCCAUGCUACAAAAGGACUGGGCUAGGUACAAACGCGAGGAGUACAUUGCCACAGUUGCCCAAAUUGAUAGGAUCAUGGCAUCUCAACGGAGGGCCCUGGAUAAGCUGUAUGAAGUCUCCGAAGACUUGUAUGAUGAAGCAAUUAUGCCUGAUCUGCAACUUAUCCCCUACUCAGUGAAGGGACCCGUGGCGACCCCACCCAUCAAGGGAUACGACUCUCCCGACGGCGAGUACAUCGACGUGUCUAAGAAGUGGGAUAAUUAGUGGAAAUAUUGUAAUUUAUUGAUAGAUGUUAAUAAAAAUGUUGUUAUAA